UAGUUUAUGACUCAGUGCAUUGUUCGGUUCCGUUUACGUUAAUAUGACAGCAAAUGUUUAUAUCCACUACAAAAUAUUUCAAUAUCACGAUGUAAUCAUGGAUGAAUACCGGAUUUAAAGUGAUGUGAUACGUUCAGAAAAUAACUAUUAACAAUGGGGAGGCACGGGAAAUGUUUCAAUGCAGCGUUUUACACAACUCUGCUGAUAAUUUUGAUCCUUCAGUUGUUGAGUACGCUGGAGAGACAGGUGUUCGAUUUCCUGGGUUUUAUGUGGGCACCUAUAAUUGCAAAUUUCUUUCAACUUGUGUGUGUCAUUAUCGGAGGAUUUGGUGCCUACCAGUACAGAUCAAAGUUCAUUGCAGUGUAUAGUACCUGGUCGCUGAUUUGGCUGGGAUGGAACGUGUUUGUAAUAUGUCUCUACCUGGAAGUGGGUGUUUUAAAUAGAAAGCGAGACUUGUAUAUUCUUAGUAUUGGUACUAAGAACAAGAGUUGGUGGUUGGAGAACGGUAUAGGCUGUCAAAUUACCAACACAUCCUGGAAGCUGACCAACACUGUUCAGGAUUCAAGUCGUGACAUUCCGCCCGAGGACGUCAUCAAAGGCUGUCUUCUGGAGUAUUACUAUGUAGAGGUCAUUCAUGCAGCAGUACAAUGUUUACUAGCGUUGAUUGGUUUUGUGUUUUCCUGUAUCACCCUGUACAUGUACGGAGACGAGGAAGAAAGUUUUGAAUUCAUCGGAGGAUUUGACACCGUAUCAUCGUACCAACAUUCGGAAAAGACCUCGCAUCUAACCCUCCAGCCUCUAUAUGUCCUGUUUGUACCAACUUCACAAACAUUUAACCCGUGGGGUCCCUCCCCCAUGGGACAAAGGACCAAAUCAAGUCCUGCAAACGACGAACUGGAGUUUGUGAAGAUGUACAAGGCACCGUCGCGUUCCUCGGGUGUUGACAACGGCGGCCGCAGUCAGGCUAGUUAUUGUGAUAACCAGACCUUUAAUGGAGUGGCCAAUGAAUAUCCGACCAUAGAGAGGCCGCCUAGUUACGAGACAAGUAUGCGGGACGGCACCGUCAUCAACAAUUAUUAUUCUACUGAUCGUCAAAGUGUUCGCAGUCUGCGCAGCGUACGAAGUAAAGGAAGUACCAAAUCAAAGUCAAACCGUACACGAGAGGAUGCACGGCCAAAGAACCUACCCUGGGUUCAAAUCACUCCCUCGUCCAGUAGUAUGGACGCGCCGUUCAGACAUUACCCCUAGAAACCAGAAGGUAUUCACACAUUGUAUAGAUGACAGUUAAGAUUUGGGAAUGGUUCAUUGAAAAAAUAAAAAUGACACUUUUAUCAAUGGUAAAGGACAUUGAUCGUAAGCCAGCUCAGUCUACAAAAUGUACAUAAGAGUAUUUCCUCUGUAAGGAUAUACGUUCAGUACUGUACCAUGUGAACUACUUGGGCAGGUUUGGUACACAGUGAGGGUCAGUGGAACACUGAUUAAGACAUUCAGCUUUAUUGGAUCUCAUGCCAUGGUUAUUGUACAUAUGAACCUUUACUAUACCGACACCUGUCAACAACGGUAACACUGUUACAUGGAACCUUUACUAUACCGACACCUGCCGACAACGGUAACACUGUUACAUGGAACCUUUACUAUACCGACACCUGUCGACACCGGUAACACUGUUACAUGGAACCUUUACUAUACCGACACCUGCCGACAACGGUAACACUGUUACAUGGAACCUUUACUAUACCGACACCUGUCGACAACGGUAACACUGUUACGUGGAACCUUUACUAUACUGACACCUGUCGACAACGGUAACAUUGUUAUGUGGAACAGUAAAACCUGGGCUUGACCUGUACAUUAUAUUAUCUUUCAUCAACAUAUAUGUCCAAAAUCAAUUGUGCAUGAUUAUGACAAUAAUUGGUGCGAAGAAAUAACGGAUGAAUUUGCAGAGCUCGAAGAUGAUCGAUCGAUGCAUGGGAAUAUUCUUGAUGACAAGCUUUUUGUGUAUGUUCAACGGGCAAAAUGUUAUAUUUUGUUAUGUAUGUGAGAAAGAAACUGUGGCUGUUGUUUAUUGGACAAGCUUGUCCGUCCAUUCAAAACAAAGAUGUGACAGAGACAACCAAGGUCAUCAUAAUAUCAAUCAUGUGACCUCUAUACUGUGCUGUGAUUGGUCAUGAUUGGUACAUGUUUUGUGCAAGUGUUUGUUUCUUUAGUAAUAAGAAAUAGUUUUGUUUUGUAGUUAUUGGUAGGGAACUAGGAAAAUAUCAUUUGUGUUUUGUUUCGUCUUGCGUAUGAGCAUUAUAUAUUGAAAUGUUUGUGAUGAAAAUGUACGUGAUACAAUGUAGACAUGUUUGUUAAUUACGUAAGUUUGAUGUUCGUCAAUUAAUUACCGAAGUCUGAUGACUUUCAGAAAAUGACCAAAACUUGAAAUAUGGGGACAAAUAUAAUACACAAAGAAUUGUGUAAUAAUUUUCCAUGAAUUAAUAAAUAUUAUGAAGUUU